CACGCAGCCGUUAACGCCGAACCGACUCACCGUCACCACCACCGGCGACGCGCUCCGACCUAGUAAAAGUCAAGAUGGCGACCGAGGGUCAGUUAGAGUACGAGUCGGUCCUCUGUGUCAAACCCGAAGUCAACGUUUACCGAAUCCCUCCGAGGGCAUCAAACCGGGCGAUCAGGGCCGCUGAUUGGAAGCUGGACGCCCCUGAUUGGAGCGGACGCAUGCGCGUGACAGCCCGGGGCAAAGUGGCCUACGUGAAAUUGGAAGACAAAAUCUCUGGGGAGCUGUUUGCCCAAGCACCAGUGGAAGAAUACCCCGGCAUCACAGUGGAAACAGUCAGUGACUCAAGCCGUUACUUUGUCCUCCGCAUUCAGGAUGACAACGGCCGCAGUGCGUUCAUAGGCAUUGGGUUUGGAGACAGAGGCGAUGCCUUUGACUUCAAUGUUGCUCUCCAGGACCACUUCAAGUGGGUCAAACAAGAAAAGGAGUUCACCCAACAGGCUCAGGCUCCAGACUCCACUCCCAAACUCGACCUGGGCUUCAAAGAAGGACAGACUAUUACUCUUAAUAUUGGGCAAUCAAAGAAGAAGGACAGGUCUCGUCCGCAGAGCUCAGGCGGCUUCGGGCUCCUUCCACCUCCCCCUGGUGGCAAGCUAGCCCCACCCCCUUCAUCCAGAUCUGCCAAUCAUAACACACAACCGUCGGCAGGAGGAAGUGACACCGGUUGUUUACUAGACCUGGACUCCAGUAACUCCAACUCAGUGGCUCCAUCCAACCCCACGACCACAACCAGCUCUGACCUGUGGGGAGACUUUGACUCUGUGUCCCCGAAGUGAAGAGAGCUUCAUCUCGUCUCUUCUCCUCUGUCCUCUCUGUAAAUCUUUUGCAGCACUUUUUGCGAGUUUGCUUUCCCCGUUACGGGGUCCUGUUUCUCUCCCUGCCAAGCAGGGUAUCCCCCUGUGCACGUUAGUUUCAUUUUAGCUGAAUUCCUCAUGGGUUUCGUUUUCUGACCUUACAGCACAGUCUUAAAGUCAUUUCAGAAGCACCGACCAUCCCCUCCACCUCUUUCCAGACUCCACUACCCUCCACUCCCCCGGUACAAAGUUUUAUUUGCUCAUUUUUAUUGUAGAUUAUACUUAAGGAUAAUAUCAAGGGAGGUGUAACCAUCUUUUCAACAUCUAGAGUUGAAAUCUAAUCAAAUAUAUUAAUGAAUGAAUUUUAUGUACAGAGAAUAUUUAUUUUAAAUGUGUAUAUAUAUAUAUUGUCAGUGGUUUGUAAUUAUUGUCAUUGGUGUCGUCACCUUAAUGUGUUGUAGCUUAUUUUCCUCCAAGUCUCCAGCGGUGGGACUGACUAUAUGCACUGACUGACAGUCGAGUCUGUCUCUGUAGUUAGUAGUUCAUGAGGUCUCUCCAUUUAACGCAGGGACUGUCAAAUAUUAAACUUAGAUUAUUGCAAAGUUUACCACAAAAUGGUUUUACUUGAAAGAGUCCUGUCAGUCCGUAGCUGAUUUACAGAGUAGUGACGCUCUAGCACUCUCUAGUCGGCUGAUGUGGCUCUGCAGCUGUUGAAAAUAUUCCACCGGGGACGGCCCACAAGAGUUGUGUACAUUGUUUUAACUGUAAAUCAAGAUACAUGGAAGGAGGAAUGUUGGAUGAAAGUGUGCUGGUAAAAGAAAGAGAGGCAGCGAGCGCUUUUAUCUUCGCCUCAAGGGGAAACGGAGAUGAUUUAGUCCAUGUUAUGUCAUCUGCACUCAACACAGCUGUUAAAGCCGACUGGUGAGUCAUGGAGGUCACAACCUCCCUCCUCCUCGGUGAAUAGGCCUGUGUUUCUGCGCUGCUCCGUCAGUCUGGGGAAAGCUUCGUUCUCUUAACUCGGUGUGAUAAAGGCGACCGGCCACAGCAUGUUGUACUGUACAAAUGAAAUUAACUGUGAACCUCUAGUCCACAUCGGGACGCGUCGUCGCCACUGGUAUUCCGAUGCAGACCAGUGCGAUGUGGGACCAAGCCUGUUUGUGUUUGAUGCGGUGUUUGAUCCGUUGUGAUGUCGUGUUAUGUAGCAGGAGACGGAUUGUGUUACAUUGAUAUCACAUGCACAUGUGUCACGGCGGAUGUGCAGUGGCGAGUGGUGUGGUGAUGGAUGUCGACUGGAACCCGCUGAGUUUGUGUGAAGCCCUGAAAAUGUCCGUCUGUGUUUGUUUAUUGUUCAGAUUAUAUGCAUACCUCCCAAAUGUUACUUGUCAUUCAAACUGUAAGCGUGUAUGGAAAUGAAUAUGCAAAGAAAAAUAUAAAGAAAUCACCUAAUGA